UCGCCUUAAUCAAUACCAGGGUCAGUUUUUAUUUGAACCUUAACCCUACCUGACGGAAUAGCUCGAGAGUCAUGGCCCCAAAGGUUUACAUUAUGAAGCCUAGCCCCCCAUGUAGGGCCGUGCUUAUGGUGGCGAAGGCUAUCGGACUUGAACUUGACAUUGAAGAAAUUGAGAGGGAUCAGCUAAGAUCGCCUGAAAUGUUGGAGAUUAACCCUCAACAUACCGUACCCACCCUGGUGGACGAAGACUUUGUUUUGUGGGACAGUCACGCAAUCGCUGGCUAUUUAAUCGGUCAGUAUGCAGAGGAUGACUCAAUGUAUCCAAAGGACGAUGUGAAAAAACGGGCAUUGAUUGAUCAACGUUUGCACUUUGAAAACGGAGUUUUAUAUCAACGAUGUCACGAAGCUGCAGUGCCUUUGUUUAUGGGUGACACCGACAUUCCUGAAGAGGCGAAAGAUAAACUCAUAGAAGCCUUGGGAUUUUUGGAAUCGUUCUUAACUGACAAGGAAUGGAUGGCUGGAGACGAGGUUACAAUAGCCGAUCUAAGCAUACUGGCAACUUUAUCCACUGUCGAACUUUUUAUACCGUUGGAUGCUGAACGGUUUCCACUUCUAGAUGCUUGGCUUAAAAGAGCCAAAGACUUGCCAUACUUUCAUGAAGUUAACGCAGAUGGAUUGCAAGCUUUUAAGGAAAUGAUGCCCAAUGUAGUACCAUUUGAGGGUUAAACCAAAAUGCUUGUAUUAGAUGCACCUUAGAAUUUAUAUAUUGUACACGAAACGUCUGGCAGGUUUUAAUAAAGCUUUAUUGAAGUUA